AAAUUAUAAUUGUUCAUAUAUGAACUUGUUUCUUGUUGGAUUAUCUCAUUGUGUUGCAUUUGGAUAUCCUAUAUCCGCUCGCUUCUUGUUGUUAAGGAUAUCUUUUAUCGUGAUAACAUUAUAAUGGAAUAGUUAAAUUGGUAAUCAACAUUUUGUAUUGACUUCGCAUAUAGUAUAUAUAUAUAUAUAGUAUAUACAUAAAUACAUAUACAGUGCACUCGCGGUGACGUGAACACCGUCUAACAUGAACAACGGCUAACGUGAACACGCUUUUUUUUUACAUUGACUACUCUGUAACGUGAACCAACUUACUUAGAAAGCUCAGUAACGUGAACAAAAUUUUUGUUCACUACACUUUUUAUUAACAUACGGACAACACUCAAUACAUUAAAUUUUAUUUUUUAGGUUCGGGGAAUCCCCUAAUAUUGAAAAAUUUGCGCAAAUUUUUACCAUAUGACAACGACUUACAUCAGUUGAAGAUUUUUUCUUUCGCGGAGUCAAUCAAUCGGAAUGAGUUCUAAAAAAUCGAAGUGUUUGCAAUUAAAAGAAAAAGCAGACAUUUUAGACAGUCUGAAAAAAGGAACAAGUGUGACUAACUUAGCAAAAAAAUAUAAUGUCGCUAAGUCAACAAUAUGCAGGAUCAAAAUGCGAUUAAAAUAACGAAGUUAUAUUACAGAAACAGUUUGUUGGCUUCAAUAGCAGCAAAAAACUUCGAUGCUGUUACCCUUUUAUCUGUCGCGUGGGAUCGGGUCAGCACAGAAACUCUUGCCAAUUGUUGGAAAAACAUUUUAAGUUUAAUGGGAAACGAGGAGGACCCUGAAUAUAACAUUCCAUUAAGUAUCCUGAAAGACAAAUGGAGUGCAGAAAUAAACUCUUUAAUGCGAAUGUCAGUUGAUCUCCUUCAGGACUUGAGUCCUCAGGUUGAGUUUACAUUGCCAAUGGUUCGAGAGUGGAACGAUGACCCUUGUGUUGAUGAUACCACCGAAAUCCAUGAAAUUGAAGAAAGUGACGAUGAUGAUUGUAUUGCCGAAGACCCCAUAAAGAAAAUUGCCGCCAGUGAGGCAGUUGAAAUCUUUAACAAGGCAUUGCAAUGGGCUGGAGAUGCAAUGGUUGAUCAAAGCGACAUGAGUGUACUUAGACGCUUAAGGGAGAAAGCAGUAUUUCAGCUAUUAGAAAGGGAAAAGCAGCAGAAAAAGAUAACGGAUUUUUUUAAUGAAUAAAUCUAAUGUCAAAUUUUAUUCGCAAUUUAAUAUGUAUGUUCAUACCCAUGAACAUACUGAUGGCAAUAAUAAAAUACUUUUACAUUUAAAUGUGUAAAAUCCUGAA